AUGGGUGCCAUUCUCAAUACAGCAGGCAAGUCUGUAGGCAUACUCGCGACAUCGCCACAACCGCAGUGCACCCUAGAUUGCCCCUGCGGCAGAUGUCGGGAGCUGGAACUGGAAUUAACGCAGGCAAAGGCGCAGGCGAAGGUGCAGGCGAAGGCGCAGGCGAAGGCGCAGGCGAAGGCGCAGGCGAAGGCGCAGGCGAAGGCGCAGGCGAAGGCGCAGGCGAAGGCGCAGGCGAAGGCGCAGGCGAAGGCGCAGGCGAAGGCGCAGGCGCAGGGGCAGGAGCAGGGGCAGGGGCAGGGGCAGGGGCAGGAGCAGGAGCAGGGGCAGGGGCAGGAGCAGGAGCAGGAGCAGGAGCAGGAGCAGGAGCAGGGGCAGGAGCAGGGGCAGGAGCAGGAGCAGGAGCAGGAGCAGGAGCAGGGGCAGGGGCAGGGGCAGGCGAAGUCGGUCUGUUUCGAAGGCUUUGUAAAUUACAACACAGUAGGCCGCUAA